UCGAGUUUUGUUUGGCCGAGUGGAUAUGCGCAAGAAAGUCGAGGAGCUUUAUGUUUUCCUUCUUAAAGGAUUAUUGCCAGCGAUGGCCACAGUGAGACGGAGGAGGAGCAGCCGCCACACCGAUACUCAGCUGGUGUUCCUGAUUAGAACUGCAAUAAACGCGCAGUGAAUCGCCACUGGACACUAACCUCUCAAAUGAUCACAUUUGGAAACAUAUUUUUUUAGAACGUCUGAAGGAGGUAUGCUAAGUAAUUGACUGAAGUAUUGGGUGUAGGAUACUGCUCUCGUUAGAUUUUUCAGGCCAGUGCAAAAAAAAGAGCAUUGGUCAUACUCUUGGUUAUAGGCUACUCAUACUCCUCUGUGUCCCAAUUUGGGCGCAAACAUGACGACUGAGAGCUCACAGCAACAUCUGGACUCGUCUCAUUCUCUGAGAUCCAGCCCAGCAGCCGGAGUGAUGCACGCCACUCAGAUGAGCACACAGCCAGUGGCGGAGAGCUCACCAAAUGCGUCAAACAAAAGGAAAAAGGGCAACUCUGGCUUGAGGCGUCCUGAGAAGCCGCCCUAUUCAUACAUCGCCCUUAUUGUGAUGGCUAUCCAAAGCUCAUCGACAAAGAGGCUUACUCUGGCUGAAAUCUAUCAGUUUCUUCAGGCCCGUUUCCCGUUCUUUAGGGGGUCUUACCAGGGAUGGAAAAACUCUGUGAGGCACAACCUGUCUCUAAACGAGUGCUUCAUAAAACUGCCCAAGGGCCUCGGCAGACCAGGCAAGGGACACUACUGGACCAUAGACCCGGGCAGCGAGUUUAUGUUCGAAGAGGGGUCCUUCCGUCGCAGACCUCGCGGAUUCCGUAGGAAAUGCCAAGCUCUGAAACCCAUGUAUCGAAUGAUGAAUGGCAUGGGCUUUGGCGCGUCGAUACUGCCCCAAAACUUCGAUUUCCAGAACCCCUCUGCGUCCUUGGCAUGUCAUAAUGGUUACAACUUGGACGUGAUGGGGAACACGGUGCCAGGGAGCUACGACGGGCUGGGUGGAGGGCUUCAUGUUCCUCACAUGUCGCCAAGCCCCGGGGCCACCUACAUGGCUGCCUGUCAGGUGUCGUCUAAUGGAGAAUACUGCCCAGACAACAGUAGUAGCCCUCUGCACUCAUCGCCGGCGGCGAUGGCAGCAGGCACCUUGGACUGUCACUCCCCCUAUACCAGUGCCUCCUCACACUGGACAUCACCAGGUGUGUCUCCAUACAUCAAGCAGCAAUCCCUGGCCUCAAACAGUCCCACAUCCUCUGCCUUGCACUCGAGUAUAUCCCCUUACUCUCUGGAGCAAAGCUAUCGCCAUCACAACGGAAGAGACUCAUCUGAUAUUUCAAUGGGAUUAUCUCGAUACUCAAGCCAUUCAUCACCAGUAUGUGACAGGAAAGAUUUAGUUCUGAACUUUAACGGAAUCUCUUCAUUUCACCCGCCAACUGCCAAUGGAUCGUACUACCACCAGCUACAUCACCAUCACCAGAAUGUCUAUCAGGACGUCAAGCCAUGCGUCUUGUGAAAUCAACGCGUUAAGACCACUGCCAUCUUGGAUGAGGAUCACAACAACUACACAGCCACUAUAUAUAAGCCAUACGCUUCCUUGUCAUUUGCCAGAUGUCAAGACCUGUACAAA